AUGGACCCAUUCGACACUGCGGCCUCGGGCUUCCAACGAAGAUCGUCGACGAGGGAACCGAGACGGUCCGACAGCGCUCGCAGCGAUGACGACUAUGACCUGAGUGCAUUUGCCAUAGCAGACGGAUUCCGCCCUACUCAGCCUUCCCCCGGCCCCGACAUCGCACAACAUGACCCUUCAAUACCUCUCCCUCCCACCACACAGCCAUCGCCGCCCGCUGCUUUCGCACCGACAAAGACGACUUCCGAUUCCGAUCGUCCGUCGAGUGCCUCCAAACCUCCGCCAUCACACGAUUCUCUGACGCUCCGCAACGAUGGCUCCAGUUCUGCUCGUCGCCGCCAUCCGGAUGCACCCGUCUCGUCCGGCCUGGCCACCGGCGAUGCGCUCAUGCAAUCCGAGCGUCCGUAUCGGGGUCCGCUCGGCCCUUCACAUCCAUACUCAAUGUAUCCGCAACGCACAUUCAGCACCGCUACCUCUUCCACGGCUCCCAAUUCCAAUCGGCAAUCGUACGUGGGUCCCCGUGGCCCGACUCAUCCCUACGCACUCUACACACAAACCACGGCCGCGGGCGAGGACACGACUCAAGAAGACAUCCCCGUUGGCUUCACGGGCAUGGGCAACGCCUAUCAACGACAGCUAGGCCCGGAUGGCGAGGAAGCGGGCGAUUUGAUUGGGCCUCUGGGGCACAUGGAAGAGCUGCCGCCCUAUACCCGGUAUCCCGAGGAUUCGCUCGCGAGAAGAAAGUCUCCAGAACCCACAAACGAUAUGCCACCCACCUCAGCCGAAGCCGCCACUGGCGCGCAACCUAUCCCCGGUGCCGGAGGUCUCGGCAUCGCGACACGGAAUCCCGAGUUCUCAUCGACCGAGGAUGACCUACCCGCUCUGUCUCGUUCCCGUCCGACCUCCCGGAGUGAGCGCAGGGCCAGGAAGAAGUUAUGGGGCAUCGUGCCCUAUUGGGCGAUUGCUCUGCUCGCCGUCGGCAUCGUCAUCGUUGGAGUGGUACUGGGCACCGUAAUCGGUACCGUCCUUGCAAAGAAUGACAAUGCCGCUCCCCACCCGGACAGAGAGCUUGACAGCACACCGAUGGCCGCGACCACGGAUGUUCAGCCUCUCAAAUCGGUGCCUCCCAACUUGGCUCCGCUGGCCGUGGGUGCCUAUUCUCUGCCUCCCCUUGACACCAGCCAGGCCCCGAAAUCGUGCUUCCUGAACCCGACGCAGGCCCAGGCGUGGAGUUGCGACAUUCCUUUCCGAUUCUACUCGAUGAAUGUCGCCGCUGUUCCCAACGCCCCCGACACAAAAAACUACGAGCUUACCUUGAGUGCAAUCAACGCUUCCAAUUCCAAGUUCAUCUGGGGCGCUCAGCCCCCCAACGUCCCGGACCCUCAACCUCUCACUCUGGUUACCGACGCUUUCGAAGAGGGACGUGGUCCCGCCUGGUGGCUGAAGGUGACGUACGAAAAGACGGUCAUUGUCGCCGAGGACAAGUUCCCCGGACCCGACGGUGGUGGCCCCGGUCUCCCCCCCAAGUUCAAACGGAAGAAUAUAGGGGCCAAGGAUGGAGACAAACCCUGGAUAUGCACGUGGCCCGACACGACCCUGGAAAUCUUCAUCUACCCCAGCCAAAACGUCAGCAUCCCGACGGCGUCCAGGUCAAGGACGGCGAGCCCGACAAUGGCUACUGACAUAGCAGAUGCGACACCAGACGAUGGGCCCGUUCCCAUGCCGGCCUAUCCAAAAGUCGUCAAAUUCCUCGAGCGGCGCUGGUGUGAUGAUCCCAGUGCCGCGGCUCGCUGCCGUCAAGUCGUGAUCAAGGAAGGCGGGCGUGAGAAGGAGGAUCUGAAGGACCAGAACGGCAACAUCAUCGAGACAGUCAUUAUGGAGAACUGGAAGAACCCGUCUGAGCAAAUCGCCCAGCGCGAACGAGAGCGGCACGCCUUCGGCAAGCGGUCGUACCCCAAUGAAAUUCUGUCGAGAGAAGUCCUCGAGCUCACCGACUGCGGGUGUCUCUGGUGGUCGACGUAA